CAACUUAAAAUCAAUGCUAACGGGCAUUUUUUAUUUUCAACGCAUACACGCUAGCAAAUACACAUUUACACACACACUAAACGAAAAGUCAUCAUCAAAUCGAAAGCAGUAAAGGGAAAUAGGGGGAGAGAGAAAGAGAGACUCGUAAGAAAAAAAGAAAAAAAAUCGUACAAAACGUUUGUCAAUUUACAUCAACAUGUGCCAUGGAGGCUUGCUUGGGCUUAGGCAAUCGUCAACGUAUAAUCAAAGCACAAAAGGACUUGAAGCAACAACAGCAGCAACAGCAACACCAGAUACCAGUUACCACUCAAAACUACUACACGCAACAGCAACCGCAAACUCAACGUCAGCUAGCACGUGGACAAACCGGGAAUAUUGGUGGCAGUGGUUUCAGAGGACAAGAGGAUACAGACCAUCAGGCAUUAUUUCAGCAACAACAACAACAACAGCAACAAUUAAAUACUAUAAGUGGCAGCCAUGCGGCAGCAGCAGCGGCAGCCACGUCAACCCCUGUGACAUCGAUAACAACGACGACACCUAAAUUUGUUGGCAAGUGCUUACAUUUUCAGUCGCCACCCGAAUACCCACCGUCCCCGCAACAACAGAACUUAAGUAGUGUUGGCGUCGGUGGUGGUUGCACAAAAACAAUGUUACAAAAAAGCACUGUAACUGUGGAAGUGACUGCCACUCUACCGUCGUCGGUUAACUCUUGCAAUUCAACAAUUGUCACAAAUGCCGCGGCAACCGCUCAAAUGAAUUCGAGCGGCCGCAGCUAUCGGAAGCACGUACGCCACCAUCAGCAAUUAGAGCAGGACUUGGAUGCCAUUGAGAUAUGUGCCGAACAAGAGCCUUUGACAAGCCACAAACCAAGCGGCAGCAGGCAAGCCAGAACUUUAGGUAGACUUAAUCGUAAUGAGGUGGACGAUAGUGGGCAUCAUAGUCAAUGGUCAAAUGUGCAACAGACCACUAGUUUACAAAUGUUACAGCAACAUCAACAUCAACAGCAGCAACAACAACAACAGCAACAACAACCACAACAACAACAACAACAGCAACAACAGCAACAUCAUCAACAACAACACGAUUAUUCGUAUGCUUACUAUGAGCCAGGUGCAGCAAUGCGCCAUACGAAUAUACCUAACGCUGAGCUAUUGGGCAGAGAGGAGGAUUCAACACCGCCGCCACCCAACUCAAUAAGAGCUUUGCUGUCAAAAGGCAAAAAGAACAAAUUGCUUGUGUCACCUGCUACAAGACAAACUUUUCAAACAAGAUUAACAGGCGGUAGUAAUAAUAAUAGCAGCAGCAAUACAACAGGUACAGCGUCGGCACAUUGUGCUAGCGCAACACCAGAAAAUUUUUAUGAAGAAAUUUCAGCAUCAUCAACAUCGUCAUCCACAAAUUCGAUGAGCAGUCAUCAUCAACUAAGAGCUACGGCUACCUCACACUCGGCGGGCUCGCUAACACAGACAUUAGUUGAAGAGGAGUUACGGAGAGUGCAGAAUCGUCAUCGCAAAAUUCUGGGCGAGCUAAAUCUUUCCGUCGAAGCUAUGCUUAUGCCUGAGAGUCCACCAAAUAAUAGUCCAACUGGUAAAGAAGCCCCUGUUCCUACCGUGAGUGUUACGACUGCUUCAGGCCAACCUUUGCGAUUAGCGUCAACUUCCGCUGAUAAUAUCUGUGAUGCCUCAUUGAAUGAACUACUAAAUACGGUAGGGCCCACUGACGAGCUACUUUCACCCAUACCGAACUCCUCAUCUGUUUUAGGUAAUAUAAUACACACUACUACUACCUGCUUAGGUGGUGAUUUAGAUAGCGGUUUUAGUGGCAGCAGCGGAGCCAGUUAUAUAGGUUCUUUGCGAUUGCAUAAAACUAAUGCUCUGCUGAAUUCCCGAUCGGCUAAUAAUGCGAAUGCUACCAAUGUGCCUGCUCAAAGUGCCUUCGCCUAUGCCACGCACAGUUGUCGUUCUUUUCAACGGGCCUCUACCGCACAUACCUCUUCAUCUUCGAUCAGAAACUUGCCACAAAUACAUCAACAAACAACAACAAAGCAACAUACGCAAAAAUUCCCUCAUUCCAGUAUCAAUAAUGCAGACAACGCCUGUGCCGACGAAUCACAAAACACAUUUGGUUUCUUCACCAGAGCCUCGUGCGGUCGGCGCAUUUUAAAUUGUGCAAAAAUAAGAGCCGCUGAAGAUCCCGGUCCUGUUGUUGCCCCGAGGCAAACCGAAUCAAAAGCGAGAAGUUUUUGGAAUCGUAAAGGCUGGCGUAAGCAACCUGGCCUCUCCACUUCCACAUCCAGUAUUAACGACACCGGCUUAUCAACAGAUGAGUCCAAAUUGAAUGCCGGCUCUUGGGAAGAUUCCCUUCCAUCUGCCUUAACUCAAAAUAACAAUAUCAAUCCAUUAGCCGUCCAGCCAAGUGCACAUCAUCCCAACAACGGCAACAACGUGACCACAACUACAGCACAAUUACAUAACAUAUCGAUAUUGAAACGACCUGAAGUACGUGGCGGUUUGCAAACGUUAAUUAUACCACAGCAUUCACAACAACCGCACCAUCAUCAUCAUCAUCAUCAUCAUCAUCAUAUACAUACAAGUGCCAUAAGCCGCUGCAGUGAAGCGGCCAUACAGCAACAGCAGCAAUUGCCCAGUGGUGCUGCUUCAGUUAAAUUAAGCGGCAACACAAUAGCCGGCGGCAGUUUUAACGCCAACGGCGGCACCUCUGCCGUUGGUGUAACAUCGUCUACAUCCGCUACCUCCGCAGCACCGAAUUCAGCAGGUGUUCAAAAACAUUUGGACGACAGUUGGUGCUCAGCUGAACGAGGUGAGCAUACACCUACCGAAGCACACAACAAGUCGCCAAAUCCCAGUAUCUCCUCGGAAGACGAGGAAUUGGCACACGAAGAGAAGGCAAACGGCAGCGCAACGUCAUCGCUCAGUGCUACAAAUCAACGCAAUUCCCAAUUGCGUUCGACCUUUAAUCGCGCCAAACAGCACUUGUCAUUUGACAAAUGGCGCUCGCCGGGCAAUGUAAACAAUUGCGCUGCUGAUAACAGCACAAAUUCAAGUAAUAACGCCGCAGGAGGAAGCGGUACUUUAACUAGACGAGCCAGUACUACUACGUGCAGCAUAAUGCCAACCGCUCAUCAGCCAUCUAGGGAAGAUAUUACAACGCCAGGGGAAACACCCGGCGGUAGAUUGCAAAGGUGGUUUUCAAUGAAACGCGGUUCUUCGCAUCAGUACGAUGUUGGCGGGAGGGAUGGACGGCAAUCAACUUCGUCUAGUAUCGACUAUUCAGAUACAGUUUGCGACGGAACGUCACACAUGAGUGUAACGCAAAAGCUCACAAAUUCUGCUCAUACAACAAAAUCUGCCUAUAAAAUGCCCGGCGUACCAGAGAAUGAAGAUGAUGAAACGUCUUCAUUGACCGCAUCGACUAAUAGAUUCGAUUUGGAUUUAAUGAUACCGCCUGGUAGUCGCGCCAAUGGAACGGCCCGAACAACUCACAAUCGCUUGAUGCAACCAAUGCUACCGCCAGCGCCACCCGGUCUCUCACAGCAACAAUUAAAGCGACGUCACAUUGUCGCCGCUAUCGUACACAGUGAAAAUUCAUAUGUGGCAACCCUGCAACGUCUAGUCAAUGAUUACAAAAAACCUCUCGAAGAUAGUAAUCCACCCAUAUUGAGUGUUAAUAAAAUUGGUACGCUAUUCCAUCGUUUACCGGAAAUUUUGCAAUCACAUCAACUGUUUCGCAUCGCCUUAGCCGAAUGUGUACGUAAUUGGGAUCGUGAUGAGAAGUUAGGAGAUUGUUUCGUUGGAGCAUUUAGCAAGCCGCGUAUCCUUGAAAUUUAUUCGGGUUUCAUUAAUAAUUUCUCCGCAGCCAUGGAACUGGCCAAAAUGGAAGAGAAACGCAAAUCGGCUUUGGCUGAUUUCUUUAAAGUCAAGCAAAUCAGUGCCCAUGAUCGUCUCAGCUUUUUCGGUUUAAUGGUUAAGCCGGUGCAACGUUUUCCACAAUUUAUACUUUUCCUACAGGAUCUACUCAAAUAUACCCCGCAAGGUCAUCACGAUCGUAUGUCAUUGCAAUUGGCUCUGACUCAGCUCGAAUUAUUAGCCGAAAUGUUAAACGAACGUAAACGUGAAGCAGAACAAUAUCAGGGUUUCAAAGAAAUGCUCGGCCAUAUCAGUGGCACUUUUAAUACACGAUCUUUGGCAUCGACGGAAAAUAAUCGACAACGCUAUCUUUUACGUGAGGAUAAUGUCACGCAUAUGGAAUUCAAUCAGGCCGGUUUCAUAGUGAAAUCGAAGCAGAGACGUUUGCUAUUGCUUAACGAUAAAGUGAUUUGUGUAUCGGUGGCACCCAAGCAAUCGCAUGAUUUUGGUGCCACCGAGAAGCUAACAUUCAAAUGGAUGUAUCCGGUAACGGAUGUGGAAAUUGUAGACAAUAGUACUUCCGCUACUCUAUCAAGAAUAUUAACUGCAGGUCUUAAUCGUGGCGGAAGCCUUAAGUCCAACAGUAGUUCAUGCAACAACUAUUCAACCAAUACUUUGCCGGCGAAUACCUCGUCAUCGUCACCCACAGUUUAUCAAAAUGCUAGCUUUGACAGUUCAACAGCUGCCUUAUUAACAAGCGGUGCCGACAACCUAUGCAAUGAGAUGAGUAAUCUUAUGUAUGAUUAUGAGGUAGUGUCGCGUAUCAAUGAUCUGGUUGGUUCAUUGAAGGGCACUUAUAAGGAGCUCAAUACGAACAUCACCAGGAAUGUAAUGAAUUCGAUUCAAAGCUCAAUACAGCGUAAAAAUGAAGAAAUGGCUUGGGUAGAUUCAUGUUGCUUGCAAUUGGUGGCACGUAACAAGUCAGGUAAAGAGGAAACCUUCACAUUCCAGACAAUUAAUCCUAAUGUGAAGAAAGAAUGGGUCACGGAAUUACGCUUAGCUCAACUGGCAUUAGAUACGAAUAAUUCGCCCGCUUGGGAGACAACAUCGACCGAUCCGAUCGCUGCUUCAAGUUUAGCCUAUGAGCAGCAACAACAAAUGCAACUAGUACAGCGACAAUCAAAUAAAAUGCCACUCUUUGUCAAGGCAAUGCCCAUACUCAAGUCACAGCAUCAAACGGAGGUACGCUGUGGAUGUUAUUAUAGCAUUGCUAAUGAUUCAAAAAUUAGUGGCAAUGCUCGUCGCCGCCACAAGCAGCUGAACUACUUGUGGAUAUGUACCAGUGAUGGGUCCGUGUCGCAUAUUACCGUCUUCUCACAACAUAUCCAACAGGCCGGCAAUUUACGCGAUGUCGGCUCGUUCGAUAUAACCGAUUGUCAAAUAACAGCAAUGGAAUUUGUUAAAGGUCUUGAGAAUUGUAAAACUCGCGAAGAGUACAACAGCUUGUUAGGCGACCUUAUCUGGAUGGGUACUGAUACACAAAAAAUUUUAAUUUAUUCGGCCAAAAAUCCAGAGCAGGAGGAGCAAUUAAGUUGCUGUACCGUUACCGGUACAGUCAUGCGUAUACUCUAUCAUUUUGAUACCGUUUAUGUGGCCCUAUCUAAUGCCACGAUGUUAAUCUAUCGACGAGCCUACGACGGUGCUUGGAUGUUAAAAGAUCCCCAAGUAGUUGUAUUAGGCGAAUCAUCGUUGUCGGUGCCAAGCCUAUUGCCCAUCAAUAUGAACAUCUAUGCUGCUUGCGCCAACCGAGUAUAUGUUCUUAACGCCCUAAACGGUGAGAUACAGAAAAGUUUUGAAGUUCAUCAUGGUGCGAAUCAGCAAGUAAACCUGAUGGCUCAUUCUGGUAUCGGUUUAUGGAUUUCCCUUAAAAAUUCAACCAUGUUAUGCUUGUAUCACACCGAGACUUUUAAACAUUUGCAAGAUAUUAAUAUAGCUUCGAGUGUGUUACGCAGCGACGGUAAGAAGGAACAAGCAGUUAAUAACAGUGCUAUUUAUGUAACAGCUUUAAUGGCAUGCAAGGGCUUAUUGUGGGUAGGUACCAAUGUUGGAAUAGCCGUCACCAUACCUUUACCGCGUUUAGAGGGUGUACCAAUAAUUAGCGGAGGAAUAAGCAUGUCGUGUCAUGCUCACUUCGGUCCCAUAACUUUCUUAUUACCCUUGGUAUCCAAAGUAUAUCCUUGUUAUAAACCGUCUACCAAUCAGUCAAUGGCAAACGCGUUAAGUACUGCUGCUGAACCGGUAGUGCCUAGCAUGGGCGACGAUUUGCAAUUACCCGCAAUAGAUGCAGAUCCUAAAAAAAUUGCCGAAGCUGAAUUGGAUGAAUCGGCGGUAGUGCUAAGAAGGGAUUUACCUAAAGAGGAGAUUAGUUCAGGCUGCGGAUCACCGUCUGCUCUUAUGUUACGCGAGUUAAGUACAGAAGGUGUAGAUUCAGCAACAUCAUCUCCUCGAUGCUCUAAAUUAGACAAACAAAUUUCACUGGAUCAAUCGUUCUCGGCUAAAAUUCGAGCUCCUUUAGCUAAUUCGCCAGCUUUUCAUCGUAAACGUUUCAGAGAUCUAUCAACGGAAUCAGCCCGCAUGUCGAAAACAUUACCACGUGGUUUAGGAUCGCCGGGCUAUUACAAUUUAGGUUUGAACUCAAACACUAGCACAUUGAAUCAUAGUGAACAUGGUUAUUGUGAUGUUUAUGGUCUAUACGGCAAACUAAUAUACGUCAAGGAGGAUUAUGAUGCCGCCGAGGGUACGCAAGGUAAUUUAAUGGAUAUGAUGUAUGAAGGAAUGCGCAGAUCAGAUCCGGAGCUGGCAGCCAUACCCGGCCGAGUUAGCACCUUGGAUCGGCGUUUACGUAUGAAAGCAUCGCGACCCAGAUCUUUGGAUCUCUCUAAUUGGUCGGUAGAUUCGAAGUCAUCUAGCCUAUAUACAUCGUCGGGCAGUGAGGAAAGCAUGGGUAUUCGAUUGUUUGGAGGACGUUCAGUGUCACGCAAUAGCAGUAGUGCUAGUCACAAAACUUCCGGCAAUGGCAGUGAUUUAGGUAAUAUAUCUGAAAAUGGACUCAUGACUUCGGCCGAUGUACACAGUACUCCUAAGUCGGAGGAGGGUUUUAAACUUAUGCAACAGCAUAAACAAACGGGUAAUAAUUUAACAACACCGGCGACAUCUUCAACACCGCCACCAGCGGCAGCCACGGCUACACUAAAACGCAAGCAAAAACAAAAUGCCAAACAACAGCAGCAACAACAGGCCGAUGGGCCACGAACUAUUAUCACAUUGACCGGCGGUCGGGGCUAUUGGCGGCAUGUAUGGUAUAAUAAUGCUAACUCGCCCGGUCACAAAUCCUCGUCAUCGUCAUCAUCACUUAGCUCCGGCUCUUCAACACCACUUAUCGCCAAUUCAAACGAUGCUCACAUUGUAAUUUGGGAAAAAAAAUUAUAAUCUGAGGAGUUUGUGUGGCAACGCAAAGUCACACCUUUAACCACAGCAGCAUCGACAACAAAAACAACCCAAUCAGUAGCAACCAAUGCUGGAAUCAAUGUUUAUUUACAGCAAUCAGCUAAUCUAACUACUUUGGAACGUAGAGGACGAGUUCGUUUUCGUGGCUCCUUUGUAAUGCGUGAACGCAACAGCGUAUCACCAUUAAGUACAUCUCCGUCAAUGAGUGGGUGCGGUGUGGGCAUGGGUGUAGGCAGUCUGCGUAGAUUAACAAAACUGAGACGUGGCGGCAGUUUAAAAGAAUUCUAACGAUUGUGAAAUUUUAAAUUGAAAUAAGUUAAGAAAAAAAAGGUUAAAAA